CUGGCCCGCACAGCUGUUCUGUUUUUUUUCAUUGCGACUGCCCGAUUAAAUUAUACAAUUGUUGGCGUUUUCCGACGUCCAUAUCGCAGAAGUCCAGAAACAAUCGGUGCAAAAUGGUGGCUGGAGGUGCCUCGGAAACGGGCGGCGUCAAGCCGAUGGCCAUUGCGGGCCGCAUGGUGCGGGAGCGGGAGCGCCUGAUCGGAAUGUUGCCGGAGGAGCGAGCCUGGCGGAAACAGUGGCUGAAGGAUCAGGAGCUGCACCACGGACCCCGCAAAGUGCCGGCCCUGGAGCUGGAGCUCAACAAUCCCAUCAAGCGCUUCUAUCGCCCCCUGGACAAGGUGUGCAACGUUUUGGAACCCGUCCUGGGCUUCCAGCGGGCCUUCACCGUGCGCUACUGGACCGGAAAGGCACUCCUCGCACUCACCGGAAUCUACGCAGGCGCCUACUAUUUCAAGUACAACCAGAAUGAUUGGACCCGCAAGGGCGGAUGGCGUGUGAUCCACUCGCGCAAGGCGUGCGUUCCCGGAGAUGAGGGCUAUCCCAAGGUUUCCGACCGCUCGGCGCCUAACGAUUACGCAGCCCGCGGAUUCAAGGAGUCGCCUCUAUAAACCGAAGAUCGCCUUCGAACUGGCUUAGUGAUUUUCUUAAGUUUGAAACGUAAAUUAAUAAUAUCAAAACAAAAAUCGCAAUAAAUAUGGAAACGAAAACACA